CCGGGGCGGACAUUCUGAAGUUGGAAAUCCAGCGCUGGUGUCAAGGUGACGGUUCUCCAGCUGAAUGUCCCCUGGACGCGCUGCGGAGAGGUGCGUCAGACGCGAUUUAACAGAUGCAGCAGACCGACGACAUGGAGGGUUCCAUGGAAUCCCCCAACCUGGAGUUUGAAUAUGGGGACACAGAUGGCUUGACAGCAGAACUCUCAGAACUGUACAGUUACACAGAGGAGCCUGAGUUCAGUCUGAACAGAGACUACUUUGAGGAAGACUUUAGGAACCACGCAAAGGGCAGGAGGUGGGUAGAACUGAGUACAGAAGAGCAGAGAGCGUACAUCAUGAGGCUGCUAGAUGCCCUGGAGGUUACCGACAGAGACAAGAGACUCAAAGUGGCUCGUGCUAUUCUUUACCUGGCCCAGGGUGUAUUUGAUGAGUGUGACACAGAAACAGAUGUGCUCCACUGGUCACGACACAACGUCUUCCUGCUCUAUGAUAUGGGCAUCUUCACUGCUCUGCUGGAACUUCUCAGCAUGGAGAUUGAUGGCCCCUCAACUCCAUCUGAGCUCUCCCCGAGGUUCCGCUCACUUUGUUUCCUGGAUGCGGCUGCCCAGCAGACUACCAGCCCGCAUAGCCGUGGUAUGGAUGGAUUCAGACGGGAAAGCGUGCCAUUGAAUUUUAUUUCUCAAUCCUCGGUACAGAGUUUACUAGGUAAUAACCAGGCAUGUAGCAGUGCCGUCAGGAAGCCUGCCAUAUCCCUCGCAGACAGCACUGAACUGAGGGUUCUCCUGAGCAUCAUGUAUCUGAUUGUGGAGACGAUCCGUGUGGAAAUGGAAGAUGACAGGCCUGAAUGGAGGACAGCUCGCGAGGCCUUCAAGACUGAGCUGGGUUCUCCCCUCUACAACAGCGAGCCCUUUGCCCUUCUCCUCUUCACCAUGGUAACCAAGUUCUGCAGCAUGAGUGCCCCCCAUUUCCCCAUGAAAAAGGUGCUGCUUCUGCUCUGGAAGACGUUACUGUUCACUCUGGGGGGCUUUGAGGAUGUGCAGGAGAUGAAGGUUGGGGUGAGAGCGAGGCUGAGCCUGCCUCCACUCCCGGAGGACAGCAUUAAGGUGGUACGGAGCAUGAGAGCUGCCUCGCCCCCUGCCUCUGCCAUGGAGCUCAUUGAACAGCAGCAGCAGCAGAAGAGAGGACGCAGGAGUCGCAGAAGUGCCUUUGUUGAUAGCUUGGAAGGAGACAGUCCCUUUGCCAGGAAGCAGCCACUGGUCAAGCAGGACAGCCUGGACACGUACAACGAGCGUGACCCCUUCAAGAAUGACGACGCCCGUGACGAGGAAGAUGACGGCGAUGACGUGGACAGUGGCAUCGAGGGUGAGGUCGACCCCCUCGACCGCGACGUCAUCAUCCAGCCAACUCCCCUACCACUGCUUCCCCGCCCCCCCAGCGAGAGGGUGUCUUUCCCCAAAGGACUCCCCUGGGCCCCCAAAGUCAGAGAGAAGGACAUCGAGCACUUCCUAGAGGCCAGCAGAAAUAAGUUCAUUGGCUUCACCCUGGGAAAUGACACAGAGACCCUAGUUGGGUUGCCCAGACCAAUACAUGAAAGUGUGAAGACUCUUAAACAAGACCCAGAUCAAUCCAGAACUAAGAUCAGCAAGCACAAGUACAUCUCCAUCGCUGAGGUGCAGAUCAAGAGAGAGGAGGAGCUGCAGCAGUGCCCGAUGACCAUGGGGGAGGAGCACGUUCAGGAGACACCUGCAGAGGCCCUGUACGUGGGUAUGCUCCCCAGCCUCUCUCAGUAUGUGAUUGCCCUUCUUAAGCUUCUGCUGGCCGCAGCGCCAACCUCUAAGGCCAAGACCGACUCCAUCAACAUCCUCGCUGAUGUUCUUCCUGAAGAGAUGCCCAUCACCGUCCUCCAGAGCAUGAAGCUGGGCAUUGACGUGAACAGACAUAAAGAGAUUAUAGUCAAGGCCAUCUCCGCUCUGCUGCUGCUGCUCCUCAAGCACUUCAAACUCAACCACAUCUACCAGUUUGAGUAUGUGUCCCAGCACCUGGUGUUCGCUAACUGCAUCCCCCUCAUCCUCAAGUUCUUCAACCAGAACAUCAUGUCAUAUAUUAGUGCCAAAAACAGCAUCUGUGUGCUGGAUUUUCCUCACUGUGCGGUCCAUGAGAUGCCUGAACUAACUGCUGAAAGCCUGGAAGCUGGAGACAGUAAUCAGUUCUGCUGGCGGAACCUGUUCUCCUGCAUCAAUCUUUUGCGAAUUCUCAACAAACUUACUAAGUGGAAGCACUCUAGAACCAUGAUGUUGGUGGUGUUUAAAUCUGCUCCAAUCCUGAAGAGGGCUCUGAAGGUCAAACAAGCCAUGAUGCAGCUUUAUGUCCUCAAGCUCCUCAAGAUUCAGACCAAGUAUCUUGGCCGCCAGUGGAGGAAGAGCAACAUGAAGACCAUGUCGGCCAUUUACCAGAAAGUCAGACAUCGGCUUAACGAUGACUGGGCCUACGGGAACGAUAUCGAUGCUCGGCCCUGGGACUUCCAGGCUGAGGAGUGUGCCCUGCGAGAGAGCAUCGAGAAAUUCAACACGCGCCGCUACGACAGAAACCAGAACAGCGAGUUUGCACCAGUGGACAACUGCCUGCAGAGUGUGCUGGGUCAGCGCGUGGAGCUGCCCGAGGACUUCCACUACAGCUAUGAGAUGUGGCUUGAGAGAGAGGUCUUCUCCCAGCCCGUCCAGUGGGAGGGCCUGCUGCAGCCCAGUGACCCAGUUGCAGGCCACGGCGGGCAGGGUGCACACGGAUGUGGAGGGAAGAUGGUUCAUCUAGACUGAUGCGACCUGCCAGACUUCAUAUGUUCAAGAAGAAACAAGCCCAGAAUGGCAGCUGUACACACAACCUGAGUGGCAGCAGGACCAGAUGAACCGA